UCUCUCUCUCUCUCUCUCUCUCUCCAGUCUCCAUUAAUAUUUUCAGACCACAACUGGUUCUUUCUUUCAUUACCCGUCGCUCUCAGAAAACCCAAAAAAAAGAAACGAAAAAGCUUCUAACUUCGAUUCAAAACAAUUCCGACUGUUUCUUAACUUGGAAAAAGAGAAAAGAAAAUCGAAAAGAAAGAAAGAAAGAAAGAAAACGACAUGUCGUCGUCGGAGGACGAGUCGGGGGAGGAGUACCUGUUCAAGAUCGUGAUAAUCGGGGACUCGGCGGUUGGGAAAUCGAACCUCCUCUCUCGGUAUGCGCGGAACGAGUUCAACAUGCACUCCAAGGCCACCAUUGGAGUCGAGUUCCAGACUCAGAGCAUGGAAAUCGACGGCAAAGAGGUCAAGGCCCAGAUUUGGGACACCGCCGGCCAAGAACGCUUCCGCGCCGUCACCUCUGCCUACUACCGUGGCGCUGUCGGUGCUCUGGUCGUCUACGACAUCACUCGCCGCACCACCUUCGACAGCAUCGGCCGUUGGCUCGACGAGCUCAAAACUCAUUCUGAUACAACUGUGGCAAUGAUGCUUGUCGGGAACAAAUAUGAUUUGGAGAAUAUCAGGGAUGUGAGUGUUGAGGAAGGGAAAAGCCUUGCAGAAGCUGAAGGUUUGUUCUUCAUGGAGACUUCCGCACUCGACUCCACCAAUGUUAAAAAAGCUUUUGAGAUUGUUAUUCGGGAAAUUUACAACAAUGUCAGCCGCAAGGUCCUAAACUCGGACACUUACAAAGCAGAGUUAUCUGUAAACCGGGUAAGUCUUGUCAACAAUGGCGCGGAUGGGUCGAAGAAAAACCAAAAUUAUUCAUGCUGUUCCAGGUGACUUGGUCGGAUCAUAUCCCCAGAAAAAAGAGCACAAGUGGAGGCUUUGUAUGGUUGGUUUGUGAAUUCUAUUUGGUUGAUUUAUUGGUUUGUCAUUGGCAAUGUUUUUUCUUUUUCAAGGAUAACAGAAUAAGACAGUAUUUAUAGAAAGAAAUUUUGUGUUUUAUUUAUGUACAACAUCACAAUUUUUUACUCCGGAUACUGUAGUAUAGCUGUGCAAGAUAAAGCAGCCAAUCUUUCUUUGUGGAAUUGUUUUUUUCUGGUAUGCCUAAUGAUUCCAAAGUUAAAUUAUCCUUUUUCUGCUUC